UGCUUCACCACUUGAAGAGGUUCUUACACACCAUACCAUAACCAUACCAUACAAUCAAUCUCUCUCUCUCUCUUCUCUCUUCUCUCUCUCACAAGAAAACAAAUCAGUCUGUAAUAUCAAUCAAGAUAUCAGAUUUUGUUUUCUUUUCAUUUUCUUUCAACCAGUUUCUUUUCCUAAAAAUGAAAAACCAUUAAAAUAUACUAUUAUUUUCCCUAAAUUAUUAGUACAUCAAUCUUUUAUCUUCUCAGUUAUAAAUUCCAAUCUCCAUCCUUUAUUCUCACUCCCUCACUCACUCUUGUCACUGUCUCUUUAAGAACCCUAGAAAAACCAUCAAAGAAAGAAACUAGAUUUUCUUAUCGAAAAACAUUGGAUCUAUCUAUACAAGUUUUCAACAUUCCAUGGAUUCAAUUCAAGAUUUUAUGGACUCAUGUAACUCUGACAACAGUUGCAGCCUCACCAACAGCACCAUCACCACCAACAACACCAACAACAUCAACCACAACAACAACAACAACGCCUUAAUCUGCAGCUCUUCUCCUUCUGGUUCUACCGCCACCAGCAGCCGCUAUGAGAACCAGAAACGCCGUGACUGGAACACCUUUGGACAGUACCUCAAGAAUCACCGCCCUCCUCUCUCCCUCUCCAGAUGCAGCGGUGCACAUGUUCUUGAAUUUCUCCGGUACUUGGAUCAAUUUGGCAAAACAAAAGUGCACACACCAAUUUGUCCAUUCUAUGGGCACCCAAACCCACCAGCACCAUGUCCAUGUCCAUUAAGACAAGCUUGGGGGAGCCUUGAUGCACUGAUAGGUCGUUUAAGAGCAGCUUUUGAAGAAAAUGGAGGAAAACCAGAUACAAAUCCAUUUGGUGCAAGAGCUGUUAGGCUUUACCUUCGUGAAGUUCGUGAUCUUCAAUCCAAAGCAAGAGGUAUUAGCUAUGAGAAGAAGAAAAGAAAACGUCCACCACCGCAACAGCAGCAUCAACAGCAACAACAGCAUCAACCGCUUCAACAAUUACCAAUGCAAUUGCCUCUUCAUCUUUGUCACCAUCAACAUCAGCUUCCACCUCCAGGUGCAACUCAAUAAACGGAACUCUUUUCAUAUUCCAUGGCACUAUCUCUACUUUAUCUUUCAUGAAUAUUUAUUUUCUAAUUAAUUUAAGUACCAGUAGGUUUAGGGUUUUAUUAUUUUGUCAGUUAAUUUUUGUGCAAGAUUCUGGUUGUCAUUAAUUUGUUGUAUUGUAUUUAUAUAUGUGUAUGUAUGUUUUCUGCUUGAUGCAGCAAAAGCAGAAAUUAAAGAUAAAAUUAUGAAUCUGGUUAUAUAAUGACAACAGUUAAUUAAUGGUACUUGCAGUAAGCUUUUAGUUCAAGUUGCAGAAAAGUAGUGGUGACUGGUAAGAGUAAAUUCAUUAAUGUACAAGAAGAACAUGAUGUUAGUUAAUAACCAAAAGCCACUAAUAAUUAUAAAUAAUAUAAUAAUUAAUAUUUUGUAAAUACUAGGGUGCGCUCGAAUUCUGGUAGAUGCUAAUAAUUUUUGUGGUUAGAUAGUUCAUUCGUAGCGGAGUUUUGGCUUUAAAUAAUUUUUGUGUUUAGUUAGUUCAUUCGUAGUGGAGUUUUCAAUUUUUUUAAAAAUAUUUUAUAUACUAUAUAAAAUAUUUUAUAUAGUAAGCGUUGAGAUUGGUCGGUUGCUAGGAUGGAUACCGAGUUUUCAAUUGUUUUUUAAAAAUAUUUUAUAUACUAUUACUUCCUCCGAUCUGAGUAUUCUGGAACGACUCAGUUGGUUAUUUCACACAUA